CAGAGACAGCUCAUCCCAUUAGGGCCCCCCUUUUAUCCCGAGAAGCACACAGCCAGGCACAGGCCAAUCUGCCUCCCGCUGGCAGCCGCGAAUUUGGUUGUUGAGCAGGAGAAAAGAAGGUGGAUGUGGCAGCCAUGGUGCGGCUCUUUGGCUACGUGGAUGUCACUGACACUGGCUUCAUUGUGGCUGUCCUCUCAAUAGCCUUCAACCCUUUCUUCUGGAAUGUGGUAGCCAGAUGGGAGCACAAAACACAAGCACUCAGCCAAACCUUCGGCUCUCCCCGUGCUGCCUGUUACUGCCUGGGUGCUGUGAUCCUGGUGCUGAACUGUGUGCGCAGCCACUGCUUCACAGAAGCCAUGAGGAGCCAGCCAAAGCUGGAGGGCUGGGACUGCCACUGGACCUACUACUCAGGCUUGGCCAUCUCGGCUGUAGGGACCUUGUUUGUCAUCUCCAGCUUCUUGGCACUGGGAUUCACUGGGACGUUCCUAGGUGAUUACUUUGGCAUCCUGAUGGAAGAAAAAGUGACCAGCUUCCCCUUCAGCAUCCUGGAUAACCCCAUGUACUGGGGCAGCACAGCCAUCUACCUGGGCUGGUCCCUCAUGCACGCCAGCCCAGCUGGCCUUUUGCUGACAGCUGUAGUGGCAAUUUCCUACACAAUUGCUGUGCUGUACGAGGGGCCUUUCACAGAGGAAAUCUAUCGGAGGAAGCAGAAGGGAGGGAAGAGCAAGUAGCCCCAGGUGACUUUCCCUCUAAUCCCAGAGAAGCUGAAGGAAACUCUGCUGUUUGGAAAGGAGCAGAAGGUGCUGGAGUCUGGGGACACGUCCAGGACAUGGAGACACCUUCGUUCAUGCUGGCAGGAUGCUGCAUGACCUGUGGGCAAGAGGAUGGGAUGAAAGGAGGUGGAAGCUGGGAGCAGGGGAUUUCCAGGGUGCUCCUGGCUCGGAGCUUCACCAUGCUGAGCACAGGGACGGUGUCUCGAGGGACCUCUUGCCACUCCUUGCCUGGAUAACUCCAGGAACUGGGGAUUUGAGACAUCUCAGGCUUUCAGAUUCUCUGUUAAUCAAAUCCCAAGUGCUAAAAGGAAUCAAGAGACAUAAAAAGUGUUGCUAAAGAAGCAGGGGGUGGGGGAGGGAAACAAAUAAAGCCACCCCCCAGUCCCCAGAGAGGAAGCAGCUUCUGCAUCAUAUCUCAUCUGGGAAAAAUUAUAUUUUGGGAAUUACGUGCUUCUUCUGAAAAGCCUUAAAGAGAUUUAAUAAAAUGAGACAAGCUAAUAAUAUAGGGAAUGAAUAGCAACUCUGGAUUCUGCAUCUUGAUUUAAUCAGAUGCUUUUCCUCGGGGGGACAAGCAAGAACUAUGGCUAAAGCCUCCCUUCUCUUCCCUCCCCAGCUGCUCCCCUCUUCCUCUGGCCACUCACUCCUCUCCCACCCCGGGGGAGCAGCCAGGGCAGGAUUUGGGGUCCCACAAGUCCCUGCUGUUCACCAGCAGCUGCUGGGAAAUGCACAGCCCACGCUGGUUCUUUGGGAGCAGGGGAAGGAGCUGGACCCCAGCUCGCUGUACAGCCCCCAGGGAGAGGGGUCCUGUCCAAAGGACAGUCCUGGGGGAGAAAAGCAGGAACUGGGGAGCCAGGAGAGCUGGGCUUGGCUCCAUGUGCUUGGUUGCUCCAGAGCCUGGGAAUGCUGUGUGCUGCUGCAGUGGAGAUGCCUGGUGGGACAUGAAGCAUCUGAUCAGGAGCUCAUGUGGGAUGUGCCCCUCUCCGUGGCUGGGACAGCUGCAGGCUCUGCAUGUCCAGGUGGGAAGGACACAAAUGGCUCUUCCAGUCCUGUUCCCCUGCUCAGGACCCGGCCGUGAACCGAGGCCAGCCCAGCCCCGGGGGGAUGAUCCUUCCCAGCUCCGCAGCACACUCAGAAACCAAACUCAUGUUCUGAUGUAAUUGUCCUUUCCGAGUAUCCCCCGCUCGCCUGUCCCUGUGCUGGGCACCCCGGUGCCGCUCCUGCUUCCUGGAACAUUUUGCUUCCUACAUUUCUGCCGUGGUGCUGCUGCUGGGAGCUCUGUUUUGCUGCUGCACAGUUCGUCCAAGGCAGGCCCUGGGGAGCCGCAUGUUCUGUCGCUGGGAUGUUUGUGUGACUUUCGUGGAAUUUCCUUUCCUCAGCCACUUGCUCACGGACACAGGGUGGGUUUUGCUGCUUGGCAGGUGGCUGGUAAACCGAGGAGGGUGAAAAUAGGGAGGGAAAUAGCAAGAAAACAAGGAUUGAUCUAUGCUGGAGGUGAUUCCAUUAAAGGUGUCGCUGGGGUUUGUGCAGAGCAUCCUGCCUGUGGCUCUGGCUGUGCUGAGCUGCUGCAUCAAAGAGAUUCUACCCUCAAAAGCCAGCGAGGAGCAAAACAUCCCACAAAUAGCAGGGACAAACUCUGGCAGCCGUGGGGGAAAUGCCCUUUUGCCUGCCUCUGCUUUAAGCCUUGGGCUAUUUGCAGUCAGGUCAGAAAUAGGUGGUGAUUUGUAAAAGAGUCAUAACUGUGGGAAGGCUUUGCCUUGCAGCGAGGUGGAUCCUUUAUCAUCAAUCACUGGCAGCGGCUCCCAGCAAAUGGGCUUUGCUCCUCCAGGAGAUGAGUUUGUGGAUGAGCCUGGGAGGACUCAGCUAAUGCUGUGUAAUGCUCCCUGCUCGGGCUGUGCGUGACUCCGUGAGGAGCAGGGCUCUGGGAUGGCACAGGCAGUGCCCACGACAUCUUCUCUCAGUGCUCCCAGCACCAGCAGCUCUCUUCCACCCACCCCAGGUCCCUGACACCCUGUCCUUGCUGUCAGGGGGGUGCCUGGCUUUGGUCCCACCCCUCCAAGCCCACAGGAUCCCAGUGCACAUCUGUCUCCUGGCAUGCUCUGCCCAAAGAACUGUUUAGAAGGAGCAAAUGGAUUUUUUUUCCUGUCAGCCAGGAGCAGGUUUCAAGCAGGCUAUUUUUACCUGUUCCUGACUCUAUUAAUAGUUGUACGGCCAGCAAUAAAUGCUGAUCGAGAUCUUCGAUUUGUCUGUCCUCCAGAGGUUGCCACUUCCUAUUCCCCCUGUUGUUUUCCAUCAACUGCUUCAAUUAAAUGAUCUUUUUGUUAUUUGGGGUGAUACAUUUGGGCUUUGUGUUCGGCUAUUAAACUUCUUGGCUGUCUCACACACAGAUGAAUAAACACAGGAAACUGUCCCA